CCAUUUUGCACCAACCAACUAACCAAGUCUCAAAGCUACAAAUCCUUUACUACCUAUACGUACAUUAAUCUCUCUAAUGGAAGCCAUUCUCAUUCCCAAAAAUUCUCUACUACUACUACUACUACUACUAACGGUCUUCUUGCUCAAGAGGGCUUAUGCCGAUUACGGCGGUUGGGAGAGCGCUCACGCAACUUUUUAUGGAGGCGGUGAUGCUUCCGGCACAAUGGGAGGUGCCUGUGGCUACGGUAACUUAUACAGUCAAGGCUACGGUACAAACACAGCAGCGCUAAGUACCGCUCUAUUCAACAACGGGUUGACAUGCGGGGCCUGCUACGAGCUGACCUGCUCGAGCGACCCGCGGUGGUGCCUCGCCGGCACCAUCACCGUCACCGCCACCAAUUUCUGCCCGCCCAACCCCUCCCUGCCCAACGACAACGGCGGGUGGUGCAACCCGCCCCGGCAGCACUUCGACCUGGCAGAGCCGGCCUUCUUGCAAAUCGCGCAAUACAGAGCUGGAAUCGUUCCGGUCUCUUUCCGACGAGUGCCGUGCCGGAAGAAGGGCGGCAUAAGGUUUACGAUCAACGGCCACUCCUACUUCAAUUUAGUCCUGGUGACCAAUGUCGGCGGGGCAGGCGACGUCCACGCCGUGUCGAUUAAAGGAUCGAGAACGGGAUGGCAGCCGAUGUCGAGAAAUUGGGGGCAGAAUUGGCAGAGUAACUCGCUACUUAACGGACAAAGCUUGUCGUUUCAGGUCACCGCCAGCGACGGCCGGACAGUCGCCAGCUACAAUGCGGCACCCGCCGGUUGGCAUUUCGGACAAACAUUUGAAGGAGGACAGUUUUAAGGACUAAGAGCAUCUAUCUCAUCUUCCCGAUCAAAUUUGGAUUCUUCGUACGUUUUUCUGCAAAUUUUUGGAGCUGUGGUGAAAGAGUUCGCACCCGCUUGGGCCUAAAUGGGAAAUCUAAAUUAUUUAUAUAUAUAUAUAUGUAUGUAUGUAUGUAUUGUAUUGUAUUGUAUUGUGGUCAUCUUCUUCACAAUGUGUUGAAGUUACAGGGUUGGUUCUUGUUUGAUUUUAUUGGUUUCUGGUGGUGGUGAGCAAAUUUAAAGAAGCCACUAAGUUUGUGUAAUUGAACAUUGUAAUAUAUUUGCACUUUUUCGUAA